AGUAAAACAUGAUUUGUUUGAAAAUGGCCGCCAAACAAGCUUAGACAUACCAAUAUUUUGAUACUUAUGUAUUGUGUACAUCGUAUAUAACAAAUUGUCAUCAAAGACAUAACCAUUAUAUUUUUAAAGCAAAACUGAUUGGUUACGCAUAUUAAGGAGUUAAAAACGACACUUGGCAAGAAGUAUACUGCCGAAUAUACAUACAGUACAGCUAUACAGUUAAAUUAAAAUGAGAAUAAGUGGUCUUGUUCCAGCAAGAUUUCUCACAAUUGUUGCCCAUCUUGUGAUAGUCAUAGUUUUAUUUUGGUCGAAAGAGGAGAAUAUUAAACAAUGUUUGCCCAGUAGCUAUACUCAAUCAGAAUAUGACGAAAAAGAUACACAGAUGAUAAUUGGUCUGUCUGUAGCUCUAGGAUUAUUUGGUAUAGAGCUGAUAGGAUUCAUUGGUGGCAUCUCUAUGUUUUUACCUAUGCAAAGCAUGUUAUCUUGUGCAGCACAUGCAUCUGGUGCAGUGGCAUUAGUUUACUUCCUGUUUCAGUUUUGGCCAUGUGACUAUUACUGGUACAUCUUUGGAUUCUGUAGUGCAUUCCCAGCAUUUAUGGAAUUACUAUCAAUGUUGGGUGUGGCUUGUUUCCAUAUGGAAUUGUGAUCAUAUAUAGAAUUAUCAAUUUCAGAUGUAUUUGGAUAUUAUAGCAGUAAAUCGAACCUGAAGAGAAUUUUUUACAAUUAGAAGAUAUACAUUUUUGGGCUUAUUUGGCCCCAUAAAUCAACCGAAUAUGAAGUCUUGUGAUACAAUUAUUCAUCCCAAUUUUUAAACUUUAAAUGAUGGAUUUGUGAUAUUAAUAUACUGUGACUUAAAAAAGAUAUGUGUUGAAAAUGCUCAAUCAAUUUAAUUUUGAUAGGGCCCAAAGUUUAUCAAUAUAAUUCCUCAGUAUGAAAAAAUAUUUGCCUGGUUGUGAUUGUGUAUCAUCAAUAAGAUUUUUUAUACCAUGCUGCCAAAUGUUAUAUUUAUAUUGUAUAUUUUCUGGUAGAUCUGUGUUUUGAUAUUUUGUUAAGAUGUGUGAGAAUUUGUAUCGUUUAUUGGGUAGACUUUUUAAUUUUUUUUAUGUAAAAUGAACUGUGCUAGUACGUAGUCUGAAAAUAAAAUCAUGCGAAGAAAAGACUAUAAAUGUAUUUCUUAAUCCCCAUCACAUAUUUUAUGCUGAUAUGAAUUUUGUUCAGUGAAUACUAGGACAUGACAUUAACAUGAUUAAAUAUAGAUACAUGUCUUGUAGAUGCUGUUCAGCUGUAGAUGCUAAUGAACAUGAGAUUCCCAAGAAUUUUUUUAUAUCUGACCUAAAAAAAAUUAAGUAAUAAAAAUAUUUAUAAAUUUUGAA